GCUCCGUUCCCUCCGACCCGUCCCGUCCCGUCCCAUCCUGUCCCGUCCCGUCGAGGCGGGGAACCCACCAGCCAUGCCGCCACCGUGCCCCCGCGGAGCCCUGCCCGGGGCCUUCCUCCUCUUCUUCCUCCUCUUCGUCGUGCCGCUGCUCUGCGCAGCUCCCGAUAUUUCAAGAGGAAAUAAACUUAAGCGGAUGCUUCAGAAACGAGAAGCCCCUAUUGCCACGAAGCCAGAGGUGUCACUGAAGGAAGAGGCAGCCAAGGGAUUCCUGCGCAGCCUGAGGCGCCCGCGGCGGCAGCUGUGGGACCGCAGCCAGCCUGACGUGCAGCAGUGGUACCAGCAGUUCCUCUACCUUGGCUUCGAUGAGGCGAAAUUUGAAGACGAUAUGUCCUACUGGACGAGCCUGGGGCGUGGUGGCAACGAGUACUACGGGGGGUACUACCAGCACCACUAUGAUGAGGACUCACCCAUCGGCCCCCGGAACCCACACACCUUCAGGCACGGGGCGGGAGUCAACUAUGAUGAUUACUGAUGGCUUUCGUCCUCCUACAGCUGGGGUGCACGGGGCUGGGCAAAGCCAAGCCCUCCCCAAGUCAAUGUCUCUGCUUCCCUCCUGUUCAUGUACAACAGCAGGAGCCAAGGAGCUGCCAAGAAAGAAACAUGACUUUUCUUUUGUUAUUGUUACUUAGUAGUAUGCGAUAUGUGAAGUGUUACAGAAAUAAAGCUUUUUUGAUAAAGUUUCCCAUUA